AUGAAGUUCCAUUCUUUAUCCUUGUUGGUGCUGCUGGGCUCGGUGACUGCCUCGGCUAGCAGCUCCAGCUCCAAUGCAGGUCUUCUUUCCAACAACAAAGUCUCGCUCGGCGAUUGGCAAUUGGCCUAUGAAAAGGCCUCCCGAUUCGUCUCGAAGCUCAGCACCACCGAGAAAGUGAAGCUCAUCACUGGAAGCAGCGUGAACACCACCGAUGGCCAGUCUUUCACUGCGCUGGAGUUCCUGAAUGCCGAUAUGGGUCUGCAAGACUAUUAUUAUGUCUCGGCAUUCGGCCAAGCCUCGGCUUUGGCUAUGACAUGGGACAAGAAAGCCAUGUAUGCUCAGGCCAAGGCUGUUGCAACGGAAUUUUACCUCAAAGGGAUUCAGGUUCUCGAUGGCCCGACUUCGCAGCCUUUGGGCCGCACCGUGUGGGGUGGGCGGGCUGUUGAAACAUAUGGCUCGGACCCGUACCUGAAUGGUAUUGCGUCGGGGUUGAGUACGAAGGCGUAUACGGAUGCUGGUGUCAUUGCUGGUGCGAAGCAUUUCAUCCUCAAUGAACAGGAAACUAACCGCACUGGGGGUGACGGUGGUGGAGGAGGACCCGGUUCCAAGCCCAGUCGCGGCAAGUCUUUGUCUUCAAGCUCCGCUGCUGCCAGACCGACCUCCCCGGCCUCUAGUGGAAAGGGGGGGAAUGGAAAGUCUUCUUCCUCGUCGGCCCCCUACUCUUCCAAUGCGGACUCCAAAACCUUCCACGAGACCUACCUCUGGUCCUUCUAUGAUGCGGUGCACUCGGGUCUGGGUGGCAUUAUGUGCGCGAUGACCAAGGUCAACAACACCCUUUCAUGCGAAUCGUCUUCUCUUCUUCUGGACAUCCUAAAGACCGAGCUUGGUUUCCCAGGCUUCGUCUUCUCCGACGUCAACGGCCAGCAGAAUGCUCUGUCAUCUGCUACCAACGGUCUGGACUACGGCUCAUCCAGUCUCUGGAGCACGUCUGCUAUCAAAGGCUAUCUGAAUAGCCACAAUUUCCCCGAGACUCGCCUCAAUGACAUGGCAAUCCGCAACCUGAUGGGCUACUACCACGUCCACCUCGAUAACGGCACCCAGCCGUCAACGGCAAAGACGGACGCGUACGUCGAUGUGCGUGGCGAGCACGCCAAGCUGAUCCGUUCGCAUGGCUCCAAGUCUAUGCCCCACAAGAUGUCCAUCUUCGGCUCGCAUGCCCGCGCUCCCAUUGCUGGCCCCAACAUGGCUUUCAGCGUCCAGGGCUCGGGGCCUACGUAUGAUGGCCACCUGGCCACGGACUCCGGGUCUGGACAGGGGUCCCUGCCUUACCUGAUUACCCCCGAGACCGCGCUGACCAUCAAAGCCAGCCAGGAUGGCACCAUGCUCCGCUGGGUCGCCAACGACACCUACGCCGCGUCCAGCGGGUCAGCGCUCGUCAUGCAAGGAUCCGACAGCACGUCGGUCACACCUGCGAUCAGCAGCUACGCAGAGAACACAGACGUCUGCCUGGUCUUCCUCAAUGCGCUUGCCGGUGAGGGCGCCGACCGCACAGAGCUGUACCACACGGACCAGGACGCACUCGUAGCCAAAGUCGCCGACAACUGCGCCAACACGGUUGUAGUAAUCAACACCGUCGGCGCCCGGCUCGUCGACAACUGGAUCACCCACAGCAAUGUGACCGCAGUCCUGUACGGCAGCCUGUUGGGCCAGGAAUCGGGCAAUUCGAUCGUGGACGUGUUAUACGGCGAUGUCAACCCCAGCGCCCGCCUAACCUACACCAUCGCCAAGAACGAGUCCGACUACAACGUCGGCCUCUGCUACACGCAGCAGUGCAACUUCACCGAGGGCAACUACAUCGACUACCGCUCCUUCGACGCGCGCGGCGUCGCCCCGCGCUACGAGUUCGGCUACGGCCUCUCCUACACGAACUUCAGCUACUCGGGUCUCCAUAUCGACGGGCCCGCUGCGCUCUCUGUUUACCCGACUGGCAAGCUUGCUGUCGGUGGCUAUAAGGAUCUGUGGGAUGUUGUUGCCAGCGUCAGCGUAACUAUUCGCAACAUUGGCGCCGUUGAUGGUGCCGAAGUGCCCCAGCUCUAUAUCGGGUAUCCUAAGGCGGCGCAUCAGCCUGUGCGGCAGCUGCGCGGGUUCGACAAUGUUGAGAUUAAAAAGGGCGCGCAGACUCAGGUUAAGUUCCAUCUGCGCCGUAGGGAUAUCUCUCACUGGGAUGUCAGGGCUCAGAAGUGGGCUGUGGCUGAGGGCUCGUACAGUGUGUAUGUCGGGGCCAGUUCAAGGGAUCUGAGGCUGCGGGGGAGCUUUUCUGUGGAGACGAAGCCGGGAAGUGGCUAUAGUAGAUCUGUGCGGGAGUAG